AUGACCUGUCUACUGCCCCCUGCUGCCCCCUACUGCCCCCUGCUGCUCCCUACUGCCCCCUGCAGCUGUCUACUGCCCCCUGCUGCCCUCUACUGCCCCCUGCUGCCCCCUGCAGCUGUCUACUGCCACCUGCUGCCCCCUGCUGCUGUCUACUGCCCCCUACUGCCCCCUGCUGCCCUCUACUGCCCCCUGCUGCCCCCUAUUGCCCCCUACUGCCCCCUACUGCCUACCACCUCUCAUGUGAGCAGUGUCCUGCAGGUGUUUGCAGGUGUCUACAGAUAUCUACAGGUGUCUACAGGUAUCUACAGGUGUCUACAGGUAUCUACAGGUGUCUACAGGUGUCUACAGGUAUCUGCAGGUAUGUACAGGUGUCUACAGGUGUCUACAGGUGUCUACAGGUGUCUACAGGUAUCUACAGGUAUCUACAGGUGUCUACAGGUAUCUACAGGUGUCUACAGGUAUCUACAGGUGUCUACAGGUAUCUACAGGUGUCUACAGGUAUCUACAGGUGUCUACAGGUGUCUACAGGUAUGUACAGGUAUCUGCAGGUAUGUACAGGUGUCUACAGGUGUCUACAGGUGUCUACAGGUGUCUCCAGGUGUCUACAGGUGUCUACAGGUGUCUACAGGUAUCUACAGGUGUCUACAGGUAUGUACAGGUGUCUACAGGUGUCUACAGGUAUGUACAGGUGUCUACAGGUGUCUACAGGUAUGUACAGGUGUCUACAGGUAUGUACAGGUGUCUACAGGUAUGUACAGGUGUCUACAGGUAUCUGCAGGUAUGUACAGGUGUCUACAGGUAUCUACAGGUGUCUACAGGUAUCUACAGGUGUCUACAGGUGUCUACAGCUUCCUCUCUCAGCUCUCCGCUGCCAGGCGAGUCUAUUUAUUCCUGUGCACACCUGCCGUGCACAGCGGGCGGUGGGAGCGUGCAUGUGAUGCAGCUGCUGGCAUGGGACCAGCAAUCUGA